GCACACGGACCAUCCCUCACUCUCCCUCCCCUCACCACCCCAGCAGCUACCUCUCAGCUCCCCGCUGUGCCCUCCUGUCAGUCCUACCACCUCCAGGCUCCAGCCAGCCAGCUACAAUUCCCAGCUCCUCGCCCUCCAACCCCGCUCCACCACCUCCCACAUGAUGCCAUCCCCGCAGAUAUACCCGCAGCAAUUCAGCUGUCCUCUCACGCCAACCUGACACACCCUCCCAUCCUUCCCGUUAGUUAGUUGCCGCUCGCCACCGCACCGCACCGCAAGGGCACUCGCCCGCCCUGCCCGCCCUCCUCACCUUGCUUCCGCAGAAAGAUCCAUUUGGUUGGACUGGCGGUGGUUCCCCUGCAGACUGCCUGCAGCGGUAAAGCCGCGCCCUUUUGUGUGUGCGCUUGCCUUGCCGCCGCGGCAUCCGUCCCGCCCCGCCCCGUGGAUAACUAGUGAUAGAUCUGGGAGGCGCAGAUCUGACUGACCGGCCGGUGUUCGUCCUCCUUCCCGUCGGUGAGUGUUUGUUGGCUAAGAAUUUGUUGGGGCCAUGGGGAAGAAGGGCAAGUGGCUGGGCGCCGUCAAGAAGGUGUUCAGCCCUGAGUCCAAGGAGAAGAAGGAGGAGAAACUGAGGAAGAAGUUGGCUGCAAGAGACCCCAGUCCACCAGAUCUAACACCUUCCACUUCCUUGGAAGUCAAUGUUUCGAUGCCGCCGCCGCCGCCGCCUCCCGCCGUUCCAUCCCCGCACCAAACUGAGGAGGUUCAGGUCCGUGAUGUUGAGCUGGAGCAGGAGCAGGAGCAGAGCAAGCAUGUGACCGUGGAGGCAGCCCCUGAUGCUCCUGCACAGACAUCGUCGGCAUUGCCACCUGGUGUAUCGAGGGAAGAGCUAGCAGCAAUCAAGAUCCAGACCGCCUUCAGGGGAUACCUGGCAAGGAGGGCACUACGAGCCUUGAGGGGCCUUGUUAGAUUGAAGUCAUUGGUCGAGGGUAAUUCGGUUAAGCGUCAAGCUGCAAGUACUCUGCGCUGUAUGCAGACUCUCGCACGGGUGCAGUCACAGAUACGUUCAAGAAGGCUGAAGAUGUCUGAGGAGAACCAAGCCCUCCAGCGCCAGCUCCUGCUGAAACAAGAAUUGGACAGUUUGAGGAUGGGGGAGCACUGGGACGACACCACUCAAUCCAAGGAGAAGAUCGAAGCAAGUCUAAUAAGCAGGCAAGAGGCUGCAAUAAGAAGAGAGAGAGCGCUCGCAUACGCGUUUUCCCAUCAGUGGAAGAGCAGUUCAAGGUCCUCCAACCCAAUGUUUGUAGACCCAAACAACCCACACUGGGGCUGGAGCUGGCUGGAGCGCUGGAUGGCAGCAAAGCCUUCUGAGCCUUUAUACCUCUCAGUUUUAUGCCUCCCCGCCGUGGAUUUUAGUAGUGGUGGAAACAUGAAGAAUCCAUGGUCAGAUUUAGGCCAUUGGUUCUUGUCAACCAUGGCAGGAAUUAGUUGGUCAUAG